AUGUCCCAAAUCCUACCUACCACCGCGUAUCUCCUCUUGAUGGUGGUAGAAACGCUAAUCUACGGUGCGCCAGUGACUCCUUGGAGUUUUGUGAACGCUGAAUCUCAGGUAUGCUUAGGCAUGUAUAUCGUGCUGUUCAUUCUGUCGAUGUAUUUCCUGGUGGGUGGCGGCAGGAACCGGAAGCUGAGGGGUGCUCGAGCGAAUAUGUCGACAAUCCUUACCAUCAUUGUCAAUGUCCUUCUCCUUGUCAUCAUUACUGCUCAUUGGGUCAUCGCAAUCGUCGAGGGCUUUGGAGGUUUUACCGGUCAGACUAGCAGCGAACCAGAGGGCCGACUUCUAUACUUCUCGGCAGUUUCUGGCAAUUGGCAGGCGAUCACUCUUCUGGCUCUAUAUCUAGCCGGAACAGCUGUAGCCGACUACGUAAUGGUAUAUCGGCUUUUUGCAGUGUGGCAACGGAAGUGGCCGGUUGUGACGCUACCUAUCUGCUUGUACCUCUCUGUCUUAGUCAAUGGAGCAAUGUUCAUUUACAACUUUCACAAGUUGACCUCAGAUGAAGACAUCUUCAAGUCCUCCUUUGCACCUUGGCUUGCCUCUACCCUGACAUGCUCUGCUGCCACAAACGUAUACUGCUCAACGUUGUUGUCAUACAAGGUCUGGAGCGCGCAGCGAGCACUGAGACGUGCUCGGACGACGCAAUUGCGUUCUGCAGUAGCUUCGAAAAUCCUGGCUAUCAUUAUCGAGAGCGCCUCACUAUUCACUGCAUCGAGUAUAAUCAUCACAACAACCUACUUCUGUCACUCUUAUGCAGCGUUUACAUGCGUGUGUAUUGCCCCUCCGCUCAUUGGCCUCGCCUAUUGCCUCGUCAUCGUCCGUUUCGGUAUACAUGGAGCCUUCAAGACCGAUAACCCGGUGCUGUCCACCAUAGAGCUUCCUUCGCUGCAGCCCUCGUAUUCAAUUUGAAGCACUGUCGUCAAGCGAGUGAUCAUCGAUGAAGAUUGAAGACUGCCGGGAUAGACAAUAUUUAAUUCUGUGGUUCGCUACAGUGUUGCUAUGCUUUAAGUUAUCGGAAGGCUGAUUGUGUAGCGCAUACGUUUGAAUAUGAUCACUGAGGAG